AUGCAUCACUCUUCUUCCUUGGCUACCGUGUACAAAAACACCAUGUCAACCAUCCAAUUAAAGUUCUUACCAGACGCCUUCUCUGUCCAUCAAUACGAUCGUAACUUUCAGAUCUCCCAAGACGUACUCUCCGCUCCAUGGUUCACCAUCUCCAAGACUGCAUCCGAGCUCUCAUUGCUUUUGCCUACUGAAUAUCAGAUACCUGAUCCGCAACCCAAGCAGACCGAGAAUGGAUGGCGUAUGUUUCAAGUUGAUGCACAAAUGGAUUUUGGUCUAGUAGGGAUUUUGGCGAGAAUAGUAGCGCCACUGAAGGAUCACAAAAUUCCUGUGUUUGUAGUGAGCACCUAUGACACUGACUAUGUCAUGGUCAAGGAUGACAAAUUGACGGAAGCUAUUAAAGUAUUGAAUGACGAGCCCAACAUGGUUGUAAAGCCUGGAGAGUCUAUUUUGUAA